UACUCAUGACAAGGUGAAAAGUUAAGAGUUGCUGCUUGCAUAAUAUGCAAGAUGUACAACGUAAUUUGUGACAAUUUCCCUAUGGAAACUCCAGUGAUUGACAAAAAUGAAAGAAUAGGUUUGUAACUAUGCCUUUGUCCGAUUACGUCGCAUCCUUGGGGGAUAACCCUUAUUUCGGUGCCGGGUUUGGGUUAUUUGGAGUAGGGUUUGCAGCAACUUUGCUCAGAAAAGGAGCCCAGUUUGGAUUUGUUUGGUUUCGAAGAAACUGUAUGAUUACACUGGAAAUUCCUAACAGAGAUAAAAGUUACCACUGGUUACUCAACUGGAUCACGACUCACGGCACCCGUACACAUCAUGUCAGUGUAGAGACAACAUUCAAACAAACAGAAACUGGUCGCAUUUACACAAAAUUUGAUCUCAUUCCAAGCCCAGGCAUCCAUCUUUUCUGGUAUAAAAACAACUGGAUCCGUGUAGAGAGGACUGUAGAAAAGGGUGCAGUGUCGUUACAGACUGGUAAACCAUACGAAAGUGUUCUUUUAACGGCUCUGGGGAUCAAUAAAACAUUAUUUUUGGACAUAUUGGAGGAUGCCAGGACACUAGCCCUAGUGAGUGAAGAGGGCAAGACAGUGAUGUAUACACCCAUGGGGGCAGACUGGGUUCCCUUUGGAUAUCCAAGGAGGAAAAGACCAAUAGACUCGGUUAUUCUGGAUCAAGGAGUGUCUGAGAAACUUUUAACAGACAUUAAAGAAUUCAUUGAAAAUCCCAAGUGGUAUUUUGAUCGUGGUAUUCCAUACAGAAGAGGUUAUCUCUUAUAUGGUCCCCCUGGGUGUGGGAAAAGUAGCUACAUUACAGCACUGGCAGGACAGUUGGAUUACAGUAUAUGCCUUAUGAAUCUGAAUGACAGAGGAAUGUCUGAUGAUCGUCUAAACCACUUACUCACCACUGCCCCAGAACAAAGUAUCAUAUUACUAGAGGAUAUUGAUGCUGCAUUCCUCAACAGGGACUUGGCAAAAGAAAAUCCUACCAUGUACCAGGGAAUGGGCCGUUUGACUCUCAGUGGACUUUUGAAUGCUCUAGAUGGUGUGGCUUCAGCUGAGGCUCGCAUAAUAUUUAUGACAACAAACUACAUUGAAAGACUUGAUGCUGCUCUCAUCCGACCAGGACGUGUAGACUUGAAGGAAAUGAUUGAUUAUGCUACAGAUUAUCAAUUAGAAAAAAUGUACACAAGAUUUUACCCUGAGGAGGGGGAAGAGGGAGGAAAGAAAUUCAGUUCUCUUGUGAGACAACAUAACAAGCCAGUGUCUGCUGCUCAGGUACAAGGACUCUUUCUGCAAUACAAGGACAACCCGAAAGGAGCCCUGUCCAAUAUAGAACUCCUCUGGUCAUCAUGACGGGGACUUUGUGAAAUUUACUUAAUAUGUGUUGAUUUUAAACAAUAAAUUUAAAAAAAAUAUAGAAAGCA